GGGCCUUCUAACGCAUUUGAGGGCUUACAACUGCACCAGUUUGAUAAAAAUAAUGGCCUUCAAUAAAUUGAUUGAAUUUAUGUCAUUUCCCGUUGUCAAGGCGGAUGACGAAGAAGAUCUUGUGGACCCUCAAACUGCUUUAAGGGAAAAGUGCCAGACCAAAGGUCAUAUCGAAUCACUGUAUACCAAGUACCAAGAGUGCAAUGAUCGUGUUAACAGCCGCUCCAAGACUACGGAGACGUGCAUGGAAGAGCUGUUUGACUAUGUGGCUGAAUUGGACCACUGCGUGGCGCACAGUCUCUUUUCGAAACUUAAGUAAAUUAAAAUGAAUUUUAAUUGUUAAAACACUGAAAUUAAACAGCGGAAAUAUCCAACUCGCCUAAUAAGAA